UGGAUCUCCUCCAGGUCCCUGAAGGCGGCGCCAGUUCGUGACUUUUAUUUUGAAAGGGGCAUUAGGGAAGUCGCCGCACGUUGAGGAGGACGCGACGAACCGUCAAACAACAAAACAACAACAACGGUCGUUAACGGCAGCAUCACCCGGUAAAGCGAACCGGCGGCCGCGCGCUUCGGCCCCACACAGUACGCAGCCGCGGCGGGUCCCGUUCGGCCCGAGUCUCCGUGUCCCCCCGGGGGCCGUCGAGUCCCGUUUGUCCGCUCACCAUGACGGCGUACCAGGCGUUCCGGGCGCAGCUGGCGUCCAUCAUGGAGGCGCUGACCAAGGCGGCGGUGGCGGAGAUCUGCGAGCUGGUGGACGACAGCUACGCCGUCCUGCAGCUGGAGCUGAGCCGCAGCCACAAGGAGAACGAGGCGCUGCGGAGGAAGCUGGGGCUCAUCGAGUCCAUCAUCGCCCGGGGACAGCGGGGCAGCGCCGCCGUGCUGGGCUACGGCGGCCCGGAGGAGGCCGGAGGGGGCCCCGGGGACUUCAGCACCGAUCGUGCCUUACUUUCAGAGUUGAGCUCCACACGUCUGAACAUUAGAGCCAGUAGAGGAGGGACGAUCCCAGCAUUGGAGGCAACACCUGAGACCCAAGAGGAUGUUUUGUUGGAAGAACCAAAAGAGGAAGAUAUUGUUGUGGUUAAAGAGGAAAUGGACUCAGAAGAAGAGAACGGCACCGCAGAUGGACUGAUGAUCAACGAAGACGGAGCUGAGGUCCAGAUGCCCGAGGCCGGUGGCGAGGAGGGUCCGUCGGGGGUCAUGGCCUCAGCCGCCGGUGUCGACCUGAGGUCAUGGGACCAGAGCAGCGCUGAUGCCUCGGAGCCUCGCAGUCCGCCGACGUCCCCGGGACCAGCAGGGGGCGCCGCCGCCCCCGCAGAUGAGGUGUUUGACUUGGCGUCGGAGUCAGAUGGCGAAGCCCCGCCUCCCGUCCAGACCGCGAAGCCAUACCUCCUCGGCGCAGGGGGAAGCCCCGCCUCCCUUCCGGGGCCGUCAGAGCUGAAGCGGGGCGUGUCCCUGGUCAGCUCCCUCCCCUAUGACUCAAACCUGGACCUGUGCCCGUCCUGGUCCGGUCCGGGUCUACCGAGUGUCGUUCCUCACCGGCCGUACGUCAAACCCGACCACAGCGCCACCCUCGUGGACAAACCGUCGGACCUUAGCGCCUCAGGGUUCCCAUUGGCGCUGGGCCUCGGCGCGUCCCGGCUGGACCCACUGGACCUGAACCGGUUCUGCCGGGACCGCCGCUUCAUCUGCAGCUACUGCGGGAAGUGCUUCACGUCGUCACGCAGCCUGGAGACGCAUGUGCGCGUGCACACGGGCGAGCGGCCGUACAGCUGCGCCCAGUGCGGGAAACGCUUCACGCAGUCGGGUCACCUGAAGACGCACCAGAGCGUCCACACCGGCGAGCGGCCGUUCGCCUGCCAACACUGUGGCAAGAGGUUCGCCGGGAAGCAGAACCUGCGGAUCCACCAGCAGAAGCACCACCCGGCGGAGCAGGGCGCCACCUAGGGCCGGGACGGUGAGGGGCGGCCGGCAUAAUUAUCACGAACAAUCUCAAAUCAGGAUCAGUUUGGACGGAAGUGGUUUAACGACACGAUGAGGGUCUGUGUCAGUGAGACGUCAGAACCAGAACUCUGGGUUUUGACCCGAUUCCACCGUGUUUUUAGAUGAAACAGACCUGAGUUCUGGAGCGUUUGAGCUUUAAUUCUGUUUCAACUCAGAUGGUGAAGGAGGAUCUGUGGAAAACCCUCCGGUAUCCGCCCACAGACAGGCUUUAACAUAAGCAGGACAGUAGGACGUAGGGCAUUUUAGGAUUUAUUUGUAACUUUUGGGUUUUUUUGUUUCUCAAUAACUCAUAUUUCAACCCUUUAAAUACCAUGUUUGUAAUGGAAACAAACCAUAUUUCUUGAUGCAAAAAAACCCACACAAAUUUUUUUUCCGAUUUC